AUGGAUGGAGUCAAGUCCGGUCGGGGUGGGGCACAUAGGGAGAACCAGAGCUCCACACAACUGUCCCAAGAAAGUGUUGAAAAGUUGAUAAAGCAGUCCCAGGAAGCAAAGGAGCAUGCCUACUGUCCUUACAGUAAAUUCAGAGUGGGAGCUGCUCUCCUGACCAGCGAUAACUCUAUAUUUACAGGUUGUAAUGUGGAGAAUGCAUGUUACAACCUGGGAGUGUGUGCCGAAAGGAAUGCUAUGGCAAAGGCGGUGUCAGAAGGCAAGAAAACUUUCAAGGCAAUUGCGAUUUCCAGCGACAUGAGUGACCGGAUCAUCACCCCAUGUGGAGGCUGCAGACAGUUCAUGAGAGAGUUUGGUUCCAGUUGGGAUGUUUACAUGUCAAAGGCUGAUGGCUCAUACAAGAAGAUGACUGUGGACGAGCUGCUGCCUCUCUCCUUUGGUCCUCAAGAGCUGACCAGGACCAAAGUGACUGAUCUUCCCUGA